CACCACCUAAUCAGGAACUAACAGCUGCUCAAGUACAAAUGUUAAAACAAGCAAUGACGAAAGUACGUGAUACUGUACAAAGAUUAGCAACAGAUCAUCGCGAUCUGCACAGUACAGUGUCCAAAGUUGGCAAGGCAAUAGACAGAAAUUUCAUUGCUGAUUUUGCUAGUACCAGCAGGGAAGAUGUAUUUUCUGGACCUGAGAAAUCUCAUCUUCUGAAUCAAAUAAUCUGUCAACAUUUUUAUCGUCAAGGGAUGUUAGAUAUUGCCGAUGAAUUAGCAGUAGAAGCUGGUAUCAAAACCGAUGAAGGUAGAAAGGAACCAUUCACAGAAUUGAACUAUAUAUUAGAUUGUCUAAAACAGAGAAAUCUCGAACCGGCAUUAGAGUGGGCUAAAAAACACAGAGAAGCACUUUUAGCACAGAAUUCUUCUCUCGAGUUUAAGCUACACAGAUUACAUUUUAUAAGAUUAGUUCAACAAGGUCCUAGUAAGCAGAGAGAAGCAAUAUUAUACGCCCGCCAAAAUCUCACGCAAUUCGUCGGACGUUACGAAAAAGAAGUGCAAUCUUUAAUGGGAACAUUACUUUAUUUGCCACAUGGGAUCCAGUCAUCUCCCUAUAGUCAUUUAUUAGAUCCAACUUUAUGGCUCGAGAUACACGAUGUUUUUACUAAAGAAGCAUGUACAUUACUAGGCUUAAGUGUGGAUAGUCCAUUAUCUGUUUGUAUCAACGCAGGAUGCACUGCACUACCUGCACUAUUGAACAUUAAGCAAGUCAUGCAACAGAGACAAGUUACCGGUAUCUGGAACGGUAAAGAUGAAUUGCCUAUCGAAAUAGACCUGGGAAAACAGAGCCGUUACCAUUCAGUUUUCGCCUGUCCUAUACUUAGGCAACAAAGCACAGAGAACAAUCCGCCGAUGAAACUGGUUUGCGGUCACGUCAUUUCUCGAGACGCAUUGAACAAGCUUGCCAAUGCAAAUAAGUUGAAAUGCCCGUACUGCCCAGCGGAGCAGAAUCCCGAAGAUGCGAGACUUAUUUACUUUUAAGCUGUGAUAUACUACCUAUACAUAUAGUAAUAUAUACAUAUAUAUAUAUAAUGUGUGUAUGUGUGUAUAAGAACUAUAUACACAUGUAAAAAAGCUAGUUUUGCAGUUUCUUUGUAAUGGAUGUGGAAUGCAAAAGAACGAAUUACAUGCGAUAAUUGAAAAAUUGUAAAUUUAUAUUUUGUGUCAAAAAUUUUCAUUAUUGAAAUUUCUAUUGAUAGUAAUAUCGAGAUCGAUCAUCUAUUUUCUUUUUAAAUGCAGAUAUAAGUUUGUUAAUUACAAUUCGCUUUUUAAGGGAACUGAUUUUUAGAUAUCGAAAGAAAAACGGAGGAACUGUGAUAGUUUUAUUAUUCAUAAGGUACUUCUAAUUACAUAAUGACAUAUUGUUGGUAGAUAAUUUAUAUAUAUUACUUUAGUGUAUAAGUGACAUCAGCUUUGUACGCGAGUGAUGACUUAAAAGCCAUGAAUGUGUCUAACGACGCCUAACAGAUUUGUUACAAGUUCUUCAUAAAUUCAUCCGUUUCUUAUUUCGAUUG